GUGCCAUGAAAACGCUUGUGUGAAAAGUUGGUUCAACGUUUUUUGGAAGGUCCUGUCUGAUCAGAGAGGUUUAUUUCACCUUUACCAUGUAGUUUAUCAAUACAGGUACCGCAACCACAUCUUUAUAAAAGAGAAUUUGGUUCAGGAGUUAAUCUAGUUCCUUUAUUCUUGCUGUCACCAUGGCAACGGGUGGUGUUAACUUGCCACCCUCUGUGGUGGCAAGGAAAGCCAGGAUGGAGGAGAAUGAGCCAGCGAAGAUGUCUCGAGAGGAUUGGAGGAAGGAAAAGGAGUUGGAGGAGAUGAGAAAGGCAGGAACAGCGCCAGCUAUGAAGGAUGAAGAGGGCAGGGACAUUAAUCCCCACAUUCCUCAGUACAUCAUGCAGGCUCCCUGGUACUUCGGAGCUGAGGCAGCCACUCUCAAACAUCAGCGCCAACAGCCAGAGAAACUCAAGGAGCUCAGUAAACUCGGAAAACUGUUCAAAAAAGGAGUUAUAGAGGGUUCUGUUGCCACAAAAUUCAGGAAAGGUGCAUGUGAAAACUGCGGAGCCAUGACACAUAAGAAGAAAGAUUGUGUAGAGAGACCUAGAAAAGUUGGCGCAAAAUUUUCUGGAGAUAAUUUUGCCCCAGACGAGCAUAUAGUUCCUGUUCUCGAGCAUGACUUCAGUGGGAAGAGAGACAGAUGGAACGGCUACGACCCUGAUGACCAUCAGCGGAUUCACGAAGAGUGGGCCAGGGUAGAGGAGGCAAAGCGUACGCUGAAAGAGGAGAAACUGGAUGCUUCCUUUAAGGCACAAGAGGGAGAAGAAAGGGAGGGCAGAGCUAACAACAGUGAGGAUGAAGAUAAGUAUGCUGAUGAUGUUGACAUGCCUGGACAGAAAUUUGAAACCAAGCAGCGAAUUACCGUCAGAAAUCUCCGUAUUCGGGAGGACACAGCCAAGUAUUUGUACAACUUGGAUCCUAACUCUGCCUUCUACGAUCCCAAAACGAGAUCCAUGCGUCAGAAUCCAUUUGAAAACACAAGUCACGACCAAUCUGAGGUUCAAUUCACUGGUGAUAACUUUGUGCGGUUCUCAGGGGAUGCCCACCAGUUCUCCAAAAAACAAGUAUUCGCGUGGGAUGCGUACGAAAGUGGAACUGAUGUCCAUCUGCAGGCAGACCCCACCAAACUGGAGCUUUUGUCCAAGGAGGUGGAAAAGAGGAAGGACACAUUUAAAACGACUGCUAAAGAUAGUAUUCUGGCCAAAUACGGUGGGGAAGAACAUUUGGAGGCUCCAUCGAAACAACUGCUGCUGGCCUCAGACUGUAAGUGAGGAACAGAAAAUUAUGUGGAGUACUCGCGUCAUGGGACGAUCAUUAAAGGCCAGGAGAAGGGAGCCAUAAAGUCGAAGUAUGAAGAGGAUGUGUACAACAACAACCAUACAAGUGUAUGGGGGUCGUACUGGAAGGAAGGACGCUGGGGUUACAAGUGCUGCCACUCACUCGUGAAGGAAGCCUACUGUACCGGAGAGGCUGGAAAAGAGGCUGCACAGAACAUACUGAUGAUUGAGAACCAGGAUAAGUCUGAGGAUGAGGAGAAAGUCCCCAAGUCUUUACUGGAGCAACAUCAAGAAAAACUGAAAGAAAAGGAUAAGAAGAAAAAGAAGAAAAAGAAGAAGAAGAAGCACAAGAAGAAAUCCUCCAGCAGCAGCAGCGAUGAUGAGGAGGAAGAUGAAGAAAAAGAAAAGGAGAGGAAACUAAAGGAGGCAUUGAAGAAAGAAGAAGACCACCAGAACAAGAUUGAAAAGUUGAUGAAGAUGGACGAGAGGAAGCGUCCAUACAACAGCAUGUAUGCCGAGGCCGCCCCUACUGAGGAGGAGAUGGAAGCUUGGCGACUUAAACAGAGACGCAUGGAGGAUCCUAUGUCCCACUUCACUUGAGAAGUGUGCUCUACAGCAGUGUACACUAAUG